UCUCAACUAGCUGAACAUGCUACUUUUUUWAAAGAAGAAAUGUGACUGUUGCCUAAUUGCCCAUCUCAUCUAUCCACUCUAGCAGAGGAACGAAACGACCUGGGAUCGAGGACGCAACUUAUCUGGUCUGCAUCCAGAUUGCUCCCAUCUGGGUCUGCCAUAUGCAAGCCACGCGAAACACGCAUAACAUUUCAGGCUGUUGUUCCAAGGCUAAUUUCGGACACCGCUUUGAACCCGGUGCAGUGUUAGGGUGAGUUGAAUGUGCAGCACCAGUACACUACAACUUUGACAGAGUUCAGUUACUAAAUGCGCAUAUUGAUCAAUUCACCAAUACCAUUUGUUUUCUAACUGGGAGUUAAAGUUAUGGAUUCAAAAGUGGAUAACRGGGAGAGCAAGGCAGCGCUCCGUCCAUGCGUGCCCAGGUCCCUUCUCAUGCGCUGUCUGGUGGGGUUCCCUACGGUGGUGUGUUUCAUGUUGUCCGUGAGCUCCAUAGCCGUGUGCCUGCUCAUGAGCUUAAAGACUUACCAACUGGAGAACCGACUGCAUGCGCUGGAGAUGGAGAAAAACACAGUGUUCAACCCGCCGGAGAGCGCCUUCAUGCGCGAGGAUGGGACUGUAAUACCGACGCUGAGGAGAUCUAUCGAGACGCUACUGCAAGAGAGACUGAGUGAAGUGAUGCCCAAGCUGCGCAUGGCGAGGGAAAUCCCACAAGAGUGUUCCUGCCCACCAGGUCCUCCUGGAAAGCGUGGAAGGAUGGGCAGAAGAGGUGAUACCGGAGCUCCAGGCAAGACUGGGAGAGAUGGAUACCCGGGCCCGCUUGGCAUGGAUGGCAAACCAGGUCUCCCCGGUCCUAAAGGAAGUCAGGGACCAGCGGGACCCAAGGGAGAUAAGGGUGACCAAGGAGAUAUUGGUCCCAGGGGCCCUCCUCCCCACAACUCAUACGCUGGUCUGCACAGUAAUCAGAUCCUCACCGUCAAGGGUGACCAAGGGUCUCCUGGCCCCAGAGGCCCUCCUGGAAACACCGGGAAAGAACGGGCCCCGUGGCCGGCUGGAGAACAGGGUUUCCCUGGUCGCGAUGGUAUGGAGGGCCAUGCAGGUUCACCUGGAAAGCCAGGUGAAGAUGGUGAAGCAGGAUACGCAGGACCACAGGGACCCCCAGGGUCAAAGGGCCAGGCUGGUGAGAGGGGCAUGGACGGACUCCCUGGGUUUAAGGGAGACAAAGGAGAUAUCGGAGAGCAAGGAGCCCUGGGAGACAUGGGUUACCCUGGUGAGAAAGGGGUUCCAGGCUCUACUGACUUCAAUGGGAAGCUGCUAGAAGCCUUCCAGGCCAUCCAGACCAUCAGUGUCAGGGGCCCACCAGGAUUACCAGGGUCCCCAGGUGGAAAGGGAGAGCUAGGCUUGCCUGGACCAUCUGGACUGGAUGGGGAGAAGGGUCCGAAGGGAGAUAUGGGGGAGACAGGCUCAAUCGGAGAGAAAGGAGAGAAAGGAGAGAUGGGUCUCUCUGGGCCAGGGGGAAUAGACGGACAGAAGGGAGAGAUGGGAGACUCCAGGCUGGAAGAUAACCUGGUUCAGAUGAUUUCUCAGCCGGGCCCUCCCGGCCCCCCAGGACUCCCCGGACCUCCAGGGUACAUGGGUCACCAUGGAAUGCCUGGCCCUAAGGGAGAGCCUGGAGACAGAGCUGAAGGGGAAAAGGGAGACAUUGGACCUGCUGGACUGAGGGGUAUGGACGGUCCUCAGGGUCCCCCUGGUCCCACAGGAUUGGUAGGUCUCCCAGGCACAAAAGGAGAGAAGGGCAAGUCCGGGGAGCCUGGAAUGGAUGGUUUCCCAGGCCUGAUUGGUGAGAAGGGAUCCCGGGGAGACAGAGGAGACAAGGGUGACCGGGGGACGAUGGGGAAGAGAGGUCUGAAGGGCGGGAAGGGGGAGCAGGGUCCUCCUGGACUGGACCAGCCCUGUCCUGUGGGUUCUAAUGGGACUAAAGGACUUUCUGAUGAAGGGGUACAGUCCAACCCUCCUCCUCUUCCUCCUUCUGGCCCUGAGCCCCCCUGUCCUUUGGGGCAAGAUGGACUGCCCAUACCAGGAUGUUGGCACAAGUGAUGACUAACAUCAAGCGUGGCCACUGUACAUAUUGAUAUGGUAUAUAUUGCAACUGAAUACUACAUUGCUUUUUUGUUAUUUUUUGCCUUUUUAUGGAAACGUUUUAUAUAAUAUAUUGAGCUUUUUUUAAAUCAUGGACGUUAUUUUGAGUCAACAGUAUUAACCAGACUGGAUAUAUCGAUCGAUACAGAUAUUUUUUGUACACAUAGACUUUAGAUGUGAAGUAAAAUGUAGUAAAUGGAACACAGCCAUCUUAGAGCAACAACGGGUACGAGAAAUAUAGGAGCAAACAGACUCCUAACCUAACAGACAGACAGACUGAUGGGCGGAUGGACGGACAGACACACAUGUUGCUGGAGGGUUGAUGAAUAGGGAGAGUGAGUAAUGACUGCCUUACUAAUGGAGUCUCGUCUGCCCUGUUGCUGCCUGGCCCUGUUGCUGCCUGACCCUGUUGCUGCCUGACCCUGUUGCUGCCUGACCCUGUUGCUGCCUGGCCCUGUUGCUGCCUGGCCCUGUUGCUGCCUGGGGGUGUGUGCUUGCUCCUCCCUGCUCGAUCCCAUGGAUGGACAGACCUCCUGGUGUUAUAGACAGAGGAGUGUAGGUCAGUGCUCUCUUCUCCUCUCUCUGUUUUUGAAAGGAGGAGACAGAAGCUCAAACGCAAAUGUCUCACUCUCUCUCAGCCCUGAGGGGAGAGCAGGUCUGGAGGACAGAGAAAAGACAUGGGAGAGACAGACAGACAUGAGAGCACAAAGGACAGACAACCUCUAGAGAGUGACGGAACGGUUCUGUGCCAUUCAGUUCCAUUCGGAAUACUGAGAUCCUGUGUUAUGGAAACAUACCAGGAGGGGGCAACACAGAACACUGCAUUUCCACCUUCACUUGAAGAGUGAUCUCACCAAUAAAUUCAUCACACUCACUGUUGGUUCUGGGCUACAGAGGCAAGGAUUUACCUAUGAUGUCACAUAAUAAUAAUAAUAAUAAUAAUAGUAGUGGUAGUAGUAAUACAAUUCUGUGGAUAUGACGAAAGUGUUUUUAUGACAUCUUUUAUUUUGUGUUUCCAUUUAAUAAAAUGCAUGAUCAACACAAGUCACAGCAUUAUAUAGCAUCAUGAAAACCUCUCCCAUACCAGCACACUAGGGCAAUAAUUUACUGAGGUAUGUAGUUUGCGAAGAGAAAUCUUUAAGUCUCUAACAGUCUUUCCAUUUACUUGUGGCUUACUGGCAGUGAUAACAAGUGUGAUGUUUUAUUUUAUUCUAGUUGAGUUACAUUUGCAUUCCUGUGCAUGGACGUGUUUGUAUAAUAUACAGAUGCAUACUGAGUUCAUUGUGUUAAAUUCAAAUUCAGAACUGGAGCAAUUUGCAGUAUUCCCAAAUAUGCACUAUUCCAUCAAUGAAGUUGAACAAAAGGUUUGAAUAUGAAGUCAUUUUGUGAUUAAUUUGGCUUUUAUCAGACAUAAGUCAAUUAGAAAUAUCACAUCAGUAUUUUCUGACAGUGUUGACAGUACAGUUUUGAAGUAUAUUGAAGGAUUAUCACUUAACCUUAGCUAAAAACACAUUUAGAUGAAAUACUGUUUUCUGAACAACAGUAUGGACUCUUGCUGCUGACAUAAAAUGUUAUUGUUUGUUUGUUUUUCUUAACCAAUGAGUUUAGUACAUUCGGACUGAAGUACAAUAAUGUACCCAAAGUCAUUGAUUUAACAAUAGUUGUAUUCAUUGGUACACAUUGGCACACCUUGACAAAAAGGUAGUCAUUGUUGGUUGGUUUAACUAUACCUACUUGUUUUUUUAUACAUUAUCACAUCAUGAAAGACAGAUUUUGAUCUCUUUUCAUUUGACGGUUUUGUUCUGAUUUACAUAUUUCUUUCUAACUUUAUGGAUUGUCUUUUGGAGAUCUAUCUUCUUGGUGCUCGAUCACUCUGUGUUUAGUCUUCUUGUAUGGUUCUCUAUCAACCCUACACACACACACACACCAUUUCAAUGUCAACAGCACAUGACUGAUAUAAGGAGCUUAUAACUUGUGAGUUUCAUUAUACUACAUUUAUGCUAUGAAAUGUAUGACUAUGGAAGUUAAUAAGCAAUUCUUUCAUUAUAUUGUACUUUACUAAUGCACAAGUUUCAGUAUUUUCAUUCACAACGUGUUAUUUCCAACUGGGAUGUGGUGAUCAAUCAUAUUUGUUUCCUUUUUCAUUCUCAUUUAGUAUUGGACAUACUGUAUGCAGCAAUGUGCCUACCUUAAAAGUAAUUUAGUAUUGGACAUACUGUAUGCUGCAAUGUGCCUACCUUAAAGGUAAUUUAGUAUUGGACAUACUGUAUGCAGCAAUGUGCCUACCUUAAAGGUAAUUUAGUAUUGGACGUACUGUAUGCAGCAAUGUGCCUACCUUAAAGGUAAUUUAGUAUUUGACAUAAUGUAUGCAGCAAUGUGCCUUCCUUAAAGUGCAAUUCCAGUGCUUUUCAACCUAAUUUUCAUUAUCUCCAGCACAAUGCCAGUGUCUACAUAUGUGAAAACAGCGCAUUUCUACGUUUUGUAGAAAAAAAUAUAAAGUAAAAAAGUUCUACCCUAUGACACAUUUAAAAAGAAUGAUAUUCAAACACUAUGAGAUUUGCUGUGGUGUAGGGAACAAGAAAAUACCCUCUCUGGCUACGAAUUCAUUGCAGGUUUUGAAAAUCACAUAUUUUUUUACUUUUAAUCCUACCCUGAUAUAUCACAGAGCACCUUUCUUCUCAUCUUUCUUCUUUCACCUUUCUUCUUUUAAGCGCCUUUCCUCUCAUCUUUGUAAUCCUUAAGAGUAAAAAAAAAGAUAUAUCUAGCUUAAACCGAUGGAUUUUGACUCCAGGGAGUCUUUGUAACCACAUAUCAUAGAAACACACUGUUUUCACAUAUGUAGACACUGAUAUGGCACUGGAGAUAAUGAAUAAGGUUGAAAUGUGGUGGAAUUGCCCUUUAACAAACUGAUGUUUCUCUGCAAUAUUACAUGUGUUUAUUUCUUUGGCAGAUAUCAUCAGUUUUUCUUUUUUUAAGGAAUAUUUGCCAUCCAUUAUUGACACAAUGUCUGAGAACAGUUUGGUGUGUUUCAUAAAAAGAAUUAGAUGAAUUAGAGUUUGUUAAUUUGGUUGUGUAUUUGGUUGUAAAAGAAUUAAGCUAUUUUUGUAACUGCUAUCGUUAUCUCUGUAUUAUGCCAAAUCUGGUCAAUUCAACAUGUAGACUGAAAUAAACUCCCUAAAAUAUACUGUUA